AUGGAUGGAAGAAGAUCUGUAGCGAACAUUAAAUACGUAGACGCUUCUGAAUUAUACAGAUGGAUGAAGCAAGGGCAUAAUUCACUUGGGCAACCGUUCCAAGUGAUCGAUGUUCGUGGGUCUGAUUAUAUUGGUGGCCAUAUUUUUCAAAGCUGGCAUUAUCCUUAUAAAGAACUGUCGCAUAAUCUUAUAUUACUCGAUGAGUUGAAGAAACGUCUCGAGAAUGAGCGCCUGGAGAGUAAACUAAAGGAGAAGAGUGCAACCACAUCUGAUGUCGAUGAGGAUGAAACAGUUAUAAAUGCUGUGUUUCAUUGUGCACAAUCUCAACAGCGUGGUCCAUCAGCGGCAAUGAAAUUAUUAAGACAUUUGAAUGAUGGAGAGUUAGAACAUAUACAGAUCUGGGUGCUUAGAGGAGGGUUUAACCAUUGGCAAGAUGAAUAUGGUGAAGAUGACUCGGUUACUGAAGGAUACGAACCUAGUUUAUGGGGAUGGUAA